UACGUCUGUAAUAUAUUACGAGAAGUUUUAAAUCCUGUUGUAACUCUUUCCUAAAGGACGACGUACUUUGUUAUAAUUUGGAUUCUUACGAUGCGUUUACAACACGUUACGACACCUUCUGCUUUCCAGAGUGCACCGAGCUUGUGUUCUAAACACUAUAUUAUGAUUCUUUAAAUGCUGUAUUCCUAACAGUUAUGUGUGCGCUGUGAAGAUCUUAUUAAUGCAUUAUAACGCGUCAGCGUAUCCUUACAAGUGUUGAAUUUUUCUGCUAAAUAUCUUUUUUAUCUCAGGAUCUCGAUUUAACGUUAACGAAGCUUGCAAGCUUUCUCUGUUUCUCCUUAGACAAAAGAGCGAGAGCUUCUUCUCUCAUUCUCUUAUUUGAACGUGAAAUGCAGUAGAAGUGAAAUAACGUGAACGUUUGAGCAGAGCAUUCAGGAGAGGAGGUGAGAAAGCUGGACAGACAGAAGGACUAGUUUUUACAGUCAAUGACCUGAGCAGCUUUCGGUUCUUAUCUACUUUAAUGACUUUAAAACGUUCACCUGUCAGCAGGUGGUCAAAUAAAAUUGUGAGUAUAAUGUAGAAAUCCAUUAAACACAGUAACAACUGAGCAACAUGUCAGUAAGAGGAAAAAAAUCAUCUCAAAAUUUCAACGUUAAAAGGAAAAACAUUUUAAUUAUAAUUAACAUUUAAAUAUUAGUCCGUCUCGUAUCUUUCUGCAGAAGUGUUUAAAACAUCACUGUAUGUGUAACUGUGUGGUCAACUGUGUGUAACUGUGUGUAACUGUGUGUAACUGUGUGGUGUUUGAGACGAGAUGAAAAAGAAGCAAUGGAUUUUUACAGUAAUAGUUGUUAGGAGGCCGGGUUUUUUAUGUAUUUAUUUAUUUAUUUUUAAUGAUUGCUCUGAUGGCUUUGUCUCUGUCUCACAAGUUUAAUAUCAGUAUUUUGCUCCUUAAUUCUCUCUCUUUCCCCCUUUCUCUCUGUCUCUCUGUCUCUCUCUCACUCUGCCCCCCCCCCCCCACCAGAUAGUGAUGUUUUCUCCGAUGUGUCUCCUAAAGCAGGUGUAAAUUAAUUAACGGCACUAAUAAAUGAUUCAGAGCCGUGACUCGAGGCUCCAAUCCGUUCGCACCUGUUCUCUCGUCUCGUUGGGUUUAAUUAGGUUUCUACUGUGGGUUGGGUUCGGUGCACGGGUGUGUGUGUGUGUGUGUGUGUGUGUGUGUGUGUGUGAGAGAGGUGUGUGUGUGUGUGUGUGUGUGUGUGUGUGUGUGUGUGUGUGUGUGUGUGUGUGUGUGUGUGUGUGUGAGAGUGUGUGUGUGAGUGAGUGAGAGAGAGAUACCAAAGUAACACACACACCGGACAAACUUACUCAGAGGUAGUUUCAGCUUCUCAGCCGCAUCUGUAGCCUGGAGGAGGCCAGUUAUUUAUUAUUUGUUGUUGUUUUUUAAAUGAACGAACAAAAAUAUAAAUAUAGACAUCAGCGUCGCGCCUUAACAAUUAGUUUAAAGAAACUAGUUUCUAAAACUAGUGUUGAAGAAGAUGCGUCGAUCCAGAUGUUUCCUGCUCUUUACCGCCUUCACUUUACUCAGUGUUGUCUUUGGCCAGCCCACAGUCCCGAAGACCCUCAUCACCCGCCGGACCAACUCCAAAUCUAGUGAUUCUGAGAAAACCCGAGACAUUCUCACAGAUAAAAUUCACUCUUUCAAGACUGAUGAGAAAAAGGAGACAAGGGUCAGAGCUGGGUUUGGGUCCAACCUUCAUCAAUCCCGAAGCACCAGUACAAUGGGUCUCACCACAGAGUCCCCAGAUCUUCACUCCUACCUGUCCCUCCUUGGUAUGUUCUACAACACGUCUCAGCCCGUUCUGUUGGACGGCUUUUUCCGAGGUCUGAUUUGUCUUUUAUCUAAUGGGACACAGUGCGGGUGGCAGGCGGAUUUAACCAAAGCUCUGCUUUUUAAGUCGAGAGGACCGUUGAUGUCCUUCCUUUCAUCCAUUAAAUCUCAGACGUGUCCGUUAAACACCUUCCAGCGGAGCGGAGAUCCGAUCGGGGCUCAGGCUCAGCUCAGCGCCUUUUACGAGAUGCUGAGUGCCAUCUUUUCUCUAAAGUUUUCCGAGAACUUUUGGACCGUGUGGAACGCUUUUAUAGACUUGUCCUUGUCUCCGUUGAUGUCAGACAUCUCCUGUAUCUUAAUAGACUCUCUUCGGUUGUUGGUAGAACUGGCAACAAUCGGAUUACAGUUCGGCAUCGGGGCUCCUACAAUGAACCAGACUCAACAAUGUCCUCAGGGAGAUCUAAAACAACUUAUAAUGUGGGGCAUUAGCCAGAAUUUGAACUGGUCCUUUGGCGAUUCGAUCACGAACAUGUUUUUGACUCCUGACAUUCCACCGUGCAGCUUUUCAGACACGGCAUGUCAAAGCACGUUUGUUCUCAGCAGCCGCUCUGUCGUCUCUCUAGCGGACAACCCUGUGACACAACUGUCCUGUGAAGAGCAGGAUGUUACGCACCUCGAUAACACUCUCUGUGCAGACAUUAUAGGCAGUAGAUAUCAAGUUCCCGACGCUCUUUAUUAUGUGUGUGAAUCUUUGAGCACCCUAUCCCACUCUGAACUAACUCAGGUAUGGAGAAACUCUUGCCACAUGAUUGAGGCUGUCCUAUCACCCCUUUUGGAGUCCUGCCCACCCGUACCCUCGGAAUCAAGCCAGAGAAUUUCACGGUCCACCCUUAGCUUGAGCCAGCUUUUCUGCAACUACGCGAACUGGACUUCUGGGGACAUCGUCGAUCCAGGUCUGGUCACUAUGUGUAGCGACAACGACCCCGAAGCUUUUCUUGAAGGUGUGUGCAAUAAUGCUCUUGUGAUGCAGGCGCUCAUCGUGAACCCGAGCAAUACCUGGGUUUGGGAAUACUGCACAAACGUAACAGAUAGAUACAUGGUCUGGAUGUACUGCGUGUACGAUCAAUGGUCUCCUCAAAUACUCGACCCUAGUAUUGUGGCACUGUGCUGGAGCAACGAUCGUGCAAGAAUGCAGGCACUUCUGUGUCAGAGUAUGGACUUUUACAUGCUGAUUUUCUCCGAACAAGAAAAUACUUGGAUAAUGCCCAACUGUACCGAGGUACCUACAUCUUUUCCAGACGAAAUGAACUCUCUUGCCACAGAAAUGUGCCAGUAUUCGGAAUGGCGCAACGUAAUGGCACUCUCCACAGGUCAGAUAUCUGUGUGCAUACAAAAUGAUGAGCCUCGAUUUGUGAGCGAGGUCUGCGCCAACACCACAUUUCUCGCUUCGCUAGUCCUCAACAAGGAAUUUGAUUGGGUGCAAAAGUAUUGCACACUCUAUUUUGAAAGUUAUCCAACAGUUCCACCAGUAGUCUCAAACAUGAGCUUAUCUCCAGCAACUCCUCUGAUCUCCGUCACUUCAUCAUCUGUUACUUCAACCAGUACCUCAACAGUGGCAACCCUUUCUAGCACGACCCUUUCUCCGUCACUCGUCCCAAAGACCUCAUCAACAGUGGCAACCCUUUCUAGCACGACCCUUUCUCCGUCACUCGUCCCAAAGACCUCAUCAACAUUCACGACUCUUUCAUCCACCACCCCUCUGACCUUCACCUCAACAUUCUCUUCUACUGUAAAACUCUCUCCAUCAACAGUUCCACCAGUGUCCUCCAGCAUUCCUUCAUCUUCCUCAUCAUCCUCCAAAGUCAUUCUUUCUAGCACAUCAACCCUUCCCAUCUUGCUAACACCAUUUUCUUCAGUGUCUACGAAAAUACCGACAGCUUCUACCCUCAUGCCUUCUUCAUCCCUCACCAAAUUUCCUGCAACAGUCUCCCCAACCGUCUCCACCAUCACUCUUCUUCCUAUAUUCAGCCCGACUCUCUCUACUAGUACACUCGCAACCAUUUCCCCAACAAUUUCUACUACAUCCCCACCAACUGUCCAUCCUACAAUUCCCACCAUGUCUGAUUUGUGUAAAUAUUCAUCAUGGAUGGUUUUACCAGUGCAUCCAUCUGUCAUUGGUCUAUGUUGGAAAUUUGACAUGAUAGCAUUCUAUCCUAAUGUAUGCUGUAACGUGACGUUAUUAACACGUUUAACGGUUGACCCUCAGAACCAGUGGUUGAAGUCUGUCUGUUCCGAUAAUGACACAUCAGACUUGCUUCCCAAAGUUUGCCUGUACUCAGAAUGGACCAAGCCAGUCAUCGUAGACAUGACCGACCUCGCUCUUUGCGCCGAUCUUGACACGGAAAACUUUGCCAAGAAGGUAUGCGGCAACACCACCGUUAUGCAGAACCUCCUAGCCAAUUUGGACAAUACCUGGUUGCUCGAGCAGUGCUCCAACCUCACUGGGUCUGGCAAAGGCAAUCUGAUGGGUUUCAAGCCAUCUGAGAAAUGUCGGUACUCAAACUGGACGGUGAAUCUCCCAAAUGCAGCUCUCCUUGCACUCUGCUGGGACUAUGACCAAGCGAACUUCGUCUCAUCGAUCUGUGCCAAACCGGCUGUACUUUCUCAUAUCGUUCAAGAUCCUUCCAAUCUCUGGGUGAGCACUUUGUGUGCCACCUGCUUAAACAUCACAAGGGUCGCACAGUCACCCAACAACACCGACAGCGGCGGCAGCGGGACUAAUACUAACACCUCCGAGCUCAACUUUUGUCUGGUGAAAGAGAUGAUCACCAGACUGAACUGGACAUGCGGUAUAGACUUGAACACCAUUUGCCGGCCAGAUAUCCCACCACUUCAGGCAUUUCAGGCCUUCCUGCGCUGCGGUAUGGAGGUUCUUCUUCCCCGUAUGGAAAAAACAAUGACCACAGAGGUGGCUUCGAUCUUCAGACAGGCUACAAAUUUGUGGGUGAUUCUUCUGCUUGUUCUGGAAGAAAAUGGGAUGACGACAUUGAGGGUGACCGAUAACGUCGGACAGAGCAUACUGGACUCGGUGUCUGCCUACCUGGAGAAGGAAACCAGCUUCAGCAAGAAGCAAGUCCUCUUGCAGUGCUUCGCGAAAGUCCUCACCAGCCUGAUGCACACAGGAAGAGACGUCACCAGUGAUGGUUCUUUUUUAAUAAAGCAAUAUUUCGAGAUUCCUCUGGCGCGUCUGAGAGUGGUGUUGAGUUCAGUGGACAUAAACACCAUGAGGCUGAUUUUACAAUUCUAUAACCGUAACCACGGGAACCUGCAGCUGACUGAGGACUACCUGCGUACCCUGGUGUCCGUACUGAUCCAAAUCCACCUGAGACGAGACGAGUCCCUGUUUUUGGACCUUGGCCCUCUCUUGAAGCUCGCCACACCGAAGGACAUCGGCUCUCUCCCGCCGUUACAAACCAAUCUCAUUGUAUUAAACCUGAUUAACAACACCAUCGGCAGCCUGUCGACGGAGCAGCGGCAGGCUUUCGGCUCAUGGUUCAGUCGGUCUGUUGGCGUAGCGAACGUUACGGCAGGUGGGACGUCAUUCAUCCGAGACUGCGGUAACCUGAUCGCGUACCUGCCGUUCUUCAGCUUCCAGCACCUCUCACCUCCUCAGAUCUUGAAUGGUCUGGAUGUUCUUCUGAGGAACGACUUGGGAGCUGUGAAGCAACAGUUUGUAGCUCAGAGUAUCUUUGGCACGUACAAGAACCUCACAGCAGACGACUUCAGAAGGUUAGCCACACUGACAUGCCGAGCUAGCACGAGUGAGCUGUUGGCGUAUGUCAACACCAACAUGUUGCCGGUAAUCCAGGAGAACAUCAGGACAUGUUUAUCACAAGGCAACCACGUCCCCAGCUACAUGAUUUCCAGCCUGCUGCUUUCAAACGGAUCUGAGCUCCAGUCUCCCGGUGCUCUCGGUCCUCAGAGGGUCUCUCAGCUCGCACCGCUCCUGCCUCUGCUAGGGGUGGAGUUUCUGCAGCAGCUCAACCCGUCGCAGCUCGUUCCUGUCUUCAGUGCCCUCACCUCUGUUCGCUUCACACCUACACAGGCUGCUGUUAUUGUAGACAAGAUCUCAUCCAGCAUGAACUUGUUUGAUGCAGGAACUUUACAAAAGUUAGGCUGCCUACUGAGCGGAUUGAGUACUGAGUCUCUCUCAACACUGUCCUCGAGUCUCCUGAUCUCCACACUGUCCAACUUCAGCCUGUACAAACCCCAACUGACUCCUCCACAGAUCAACGCCAUUACUACACAACUCUGGGCUGCACCAGAGAUGGUCACAUGGUUAGGUGAGGCGGAGCUUCUGCUCUCUAACUCGCCUCUCCUGUCUGUGAUGCCUCAAACUCACCUUAUUCUGACCAACAGCACUGCUCCUUAUACACACACCUGGAACACACAACAGGCUAUAACUCUGUUCAAUGAGGUCAUGAGAAACAAGUCGAGUCUCACAAACCAGCAGUUCAUGUCUUUGGGGACAGUGGCUCAGGGUGUCAGCUGUGACGUGUUGACGAAGCUUUUCCAGACUUCUGUAAACGUGUCCUCCAUGCGUGGCCUCCUGCAGGUCCUGAGACAUCAAACGGUGCCUCUGCACCCAUCACUGAAAAGGUGUCUGUUUGAAGCAAUGUACAAGUCCAACUUCUUCUUGGAUCUGCUCAGUGAGAUGGGAUCUCAGAUCGCUCUGUCCAUCCCGAUGAGUUCUAUUAAGAAGUUCUCCCCAGCGUUGAUGGACUCUCUCAGGAGAACGAUCGUUCUGGAUCCUCAGUACUUCCUGCUUAUGCCUGGGAUUAAACAGGUCAUGCUGGUGGACAAGAUGGUGCAGAGCCUGGGUCUGAACACAGGUACGUACACCGAGGAGGAGUUUCGUUCGUUGGGAAUCAUGGCGACGUUCGUGCUGGACGAAGUCUUCCUGCAGCUGGACAGGAGAUUCUUCGUGGACAGCAUCGAGUUUCUACGAGGUUUCUGUUAUUAUAACGCUAGCAAACGAGACGCCGUCGCAUCGAUGCUGCAGGAAGCCGGCACGUUUGGCCCAGUCCAAAGCUGGAACUCAACAACCCUGAUUCAAGUAGACAGAUUCCUCUUCUUCCUGCCCCAAGAGACCAUCCAGCUGAUUCCUCCGGCUCUGAUGAGUCUGGAGCGUAUCGAGAGGCUGUUUAGCAGCCAGCAGCAGUGGGAGAGCGGAGACGUUGGCUCUGUGUGCAAAUACGAUGCAGAUGAGAUCUUCUCCAAGAAGCAGUUUGUGCUUCAGUACUUUUCUGGCUUGCUGAAGCCGGGACGCUCGUCACUCAUGACCUCCAGCACACCUCCAUCCUGUGAGAGCAUGCAUGUGACCGGUCCAGCUGUCUGGCCCAUUAACAUCCUGGUGAACAUGUCGUCCUCGGAUUUCCGCCGGUGUCUCGAGCUCUUUGGCCAGGAACCGUCCUUCACCUCCGACCAUCUCUUGCUGCUUCUCCACAAAACCAAAGAGGUGUACGGAGUUGUUUCCUCUUUUACGCCAUCCGUCAUCGCUCAGUUGGGUCGCACUGCCACACAGCUCUCACUGGAGGAACUGGGGUCACUCAAACUGUCGGAAAUUCUCUCCAUCGCACCUUUAGGAGCCGUUAGCACCUGGACCAGAAAGCAGUUAGGAGUUUUGUUCUCCACCGUGCUGAACGUCACCAAACAAACCCCACGUCAGCUGAAUUCCAGCUCUUUAGUGGCUCUGGGACACAUCGUUUGUGGGAUCGAAGCUUCCACCAUCCAAACACUCAACCCUGUAGAGUUCAGUAAGGCUGCGAUGUGGCUCGGCCGUCUGAAUCUGUCGUGUUCUGAGGAUCAGCUGCUGGCCGUCAUCUCUCUGCUCAGCAACAGUCUGGCGUUCGGAACCGUGAGCAUGUGGGGUCCGGAGGUGUUUAUCGAGAUCGGAGCAUUCGCUGCUGGAAUUCCUGACAUGGCCAUGUCCGCCCUGGUGAAGGAGCAGAUAGAAGGAAUCGCUCCGCUCGCCAUCUCGCUCAUUACACCCAAAAAGUUUGCAGUGGUGUUUAGUCAGGAGCAGAUCAGCAUGUUCAGCUAUGAGCAGGCAGCUUCGGUGACCAUGGCCCAACGUUCAGCUCUCAGCUCCGUACAGCAGACCGCUCUGUCCAUGGUGCUCAACCCAAUCGAGGACAAACCCGUAGAUUUCAGAGGCAGGUCAUUAGGAGUAAGAGCUGAAGUCUGUCCCUUCUGCCAUGUCUGCAGUGUGCUGGUCUUCGUCCUCACACUCCUCCUCAACAGCUGUACAUGAUAAAAAGAGAUACUUUACGAAGCCUGUGCAAUAUACUGUAUAUUAUUUAAUAACAGCACUUUAAUUUGAUCAAUGUAUAAUUGAGGAUUUUACUCUACAUGUUUGCAUCACAGGUUAGGUUUAGUGUUUAUUUUAUUUGUUCAUUCAUUUAUUUAUCCUCGGAAUUAUUUAUCCUCCUAUUUAUAGCCGUGCAUGUUUAUGUUUCAUUACUUUAUUGCUUUGUGCCUUUAUAGAAAUUAUAUUUUUCUUAAUUAACCUCUUAUUUAAUUAUUUUCCUCAUAUAUAGCUUGUAAAAAUGAGAGGUAAUUAAUUUACAUUUACUUUUAAACUUCAAAUCAUUUUUGAUUUUGUUACCAAUGUAAGCUAUGAGAUUUGAUUAAAGGCUUUACAGUAUGUAGUGCAGCUGAGAUGCUUCUGGCUUUGGUUUUUCUCUGAAUUUACAUUAAA